UCGCUAAACUUUAUAUAUUACAGGUCAUAUAUAAGGUUUUAUAUUGUUUUCACAAGGAUAGAAUAGUUAUAGUCCAAUAUUAAAAUGAGUAGCAUUAACGAAUUAGAAGACAUGGACAAAUUACGUGGUCUAUCGUGGAUGGUAGCCCUAUCUCAGGGCUUGGGCAUAACCAUGGUUGUGCUGAUGGGUGUUUGGUUGAAUACAUAUAUGGGUGGAUUUGCAUGGGAUGGAAGUGGAAAGGAAUUCAACUUACAUCCACUUUGUAUGAUAUGUGGAAUGGUGUUUCUGUAUGGAGAAGCUGCACUUGUGUAUCGCGUCUUCAGGCAAACGGAGAAAUUGAAAGCAAAAAUAAUUCACGGCUCGUUGUUGUUGCUGGCUUUCAUAGCUGUUGUAGUAGGGCUUGUAGCGGUGUUUCAAUUCCACAACCACGGUCAUAUUACCAACAUGUACAGCUUGCAUAGUUGGUGUGGGAUGACUACGGUUAUUCUAUUUUGUUUGCAGUUCCUGAUCGGGUUCCUUAGCUUUCUUCUCCCGGGAGCGAGGCCGAGCAUCCGGAAGUUUUAUCUUCCUAUUCAUCAGUUCUUCGGGGGAGCGAUCCUCGUCUUAUCGCUUGUUUCUGUCAUUUCUGGGCUCGAUGAAAAACUUAUCUUUAAACUAAAUCAGAAUGGAGACGAAAGUCGUCAGAAGAAGAAGAGAAUCUUUCCAUCCAUUUCCGGGCCCUUUCACAGGGAUCAGAUACAGAGUGAUUGGGACCAUAGGCGCCAAACCUGGGGUGGCAGGGUGGGCAGGCUCACUCUGAAAUUUCUACACUGUUUUAAUCAGUAAACAUUACAACCAAUAAGUUAGAUUUGUUUCACAGGAUUGUGUGUCUAACUAUCCCUGCCUCCCCUGUGUUUAAAAAGCGUUUAUGACAAAAAUUUUUCAAUUUUUGAUUAUUUUGUUCCAUGUGAGAAUAUUAUCAAUCAUUUAUACCCUUUUGUAAAAUGUCACCAAAAUCAAAUCCCAAUCUACUUUUGAUGCAUGACCCAGGGUUUAAAAAGUAAACAAAAUACUUUCCAUACAAACUACACAUAAAUAUUGCGUUUUAAGCUUUCCAUGAUGUCAUAAUGAGGUGUUCUACUUCAUUGGUUGUUAUGUUUAUUCAUUAUUACAUCACAAUGCAGUUAUUUCAACAGAGUCCUUAACAACCAAAUAUUUUAUUUAAGAAUUUUUUCUUCAAAAUUAGUUUUAUCUGCUGUUUAAAUCAAAUUACUUCAAAUUUGAAAUUAUGACUUUACAAUUAUUGUUCCUUAUUUAAGUUACAAACCAAUCUCCUACACACUGCAAUGUUGUGAUAUAGUUAGUUGGGGUAAGAUGGCUAUGUCCUCACUUUUUUGAACGUCCCAUUUAGUAGUAAACAAAAAAGAUUUACAAAAUCAUAAAACCGUAUCCUCACGACUCUAAAACAGCGUUGUUAAUUGUUUAAAACAUCAUUAUAAAAUAUAAGAUAUUUUGUAUUAAUGGUGCCCAUCUUACCCCACAGUACUGUAACUUGUGUUAUUUGUUGUUAUUAGAAAAUAUUGUCAUGUGCAGAUGUUGUCCAUUUCACGAAAGCAGUCGUAAAUAUUAUUUAUGUUUAUUUCAUUCUUUAUGGCACAAACAAACCAGUGCUACGAUUGUGCUUUGUAGGAAAAAGAUACAAGUGUUUCAUUUUCUUCUUAUGAGAUUAAUUUAUUGUAUUUCAAGUGUUUAAUUUUUUUCUUUAUAUAGUAGGGUGGGGGAAGACGGGACACCUUAUUUACAUAACAUCCAAUAUCCUGAUCGUGUUUUAAACAAUUAACAACGGUUUAUGGCAGUCGUGAGGAUACGGUUUUAUAAUUCUUUGAAUGUUCUUUGUUUACUACCAAAAUGGGACGAGAAAAUAAUGUAAAACGGUGUCCCACCUUCCCCCACCCUAUAUGAGAUUACUUAGUUGUUUUUUGUAAUAGAUACGUCAUCGUACUACAGAAUUACUGUAAGAUUCUCUUUAUUGUAAGACCUUUAUUGUAAGACCGUACUCGUGUUUUGGUUCAUUUGUUUUCAGUACAGUAUUCGCUUAUAUCAAA